AUGAUGAAACUAGUAAUAUGUGAGAGAUUGGUGAAUAUUGUUGGACGAACAGCUAAGCAGAGUGAUCUUAUUCAAGAGAAACAAAGACUCAAAAUUCUUAAAGCACUNAGAUUGGUGAAUAUUGUUGGACGAACAGCUAAGCAGAGUGAUCUUAUUCAAGAGAAACAAAGACUCAAAAUUCUUAAAGCACUCAGUGUUGGUGAAAUAUCAAGCGGACGGGGUUUCAAUCAAGAAACUACUCUUAAACAUUCUGCUGCUACUAAUACUACAAGUUCGGGAACAAAAUGUUAUGUGGAUAUUUUAUUGGGGACAAUGCCGUUCACGAGUGCUACAGUGAAGAAUUUACAUCACUUUCGUUUGUAUAUGUGUUAUGCCAUCAUUGGCAACAAAGUAAUUCGACUCUAUGAGUAUUAUCUAGCAUAUUUUGAUGCAACGGAUAUCUCGAAACUUGAAGAUCAAUUAGAUACAUAUAUUCUUGAUAUACAUACUGAUGAUGAUUUGAAAGGAUUACAUGGUCUUAAUGAUCUUGCACUAAAAUUGGUUGCGAAAAAUAAACAUGAAGUAUAUCCAUUAGUGUACAAGCUUAUGAAAUUAGCCUUGGUUCUUCCUGAGGCUACUGCCAUAGUCGAGAGAGUAUUUUCUGCUAUGACUUAUAUCAAAAACCAUUUGCACAAUCAAAUUGGAGAUUAA